UGACUUGUAAUGAUUAUUAACUUGGAGAGUCCAGACAGCCAUACUCUAUCGCAACUAAACACAGCUCUGGGGACUUUAUAUGUGCUGAUGCUCCAGUUGGUUCUGGUUAUUCCAAUUGUUAGAAACGCAACGCUUGUGACGAAUCAUGGGACUCGUCACUCAACACAGCAGCCAUGGCAACACAUGCGAGCAGACAGCUGACAAGAAAACAUUGACAAGUUUCUCAACUUUUGCGGAAUUUGUUUGACACAUAAGAUAGCCUCAACUCUUAGUCAGGUAAACGUUUGGUUUUAUCUGCGGCAGAGCUUCUUCAGGUGUUAUUUCCGAGAUGCGGCGACAGCGUGACACUUGAAAUAACGAACGAGCGUCAACAUUGAUUAAGUUGAUAAGUUAGCUAGCAGGCUAACUAAGCUGCUCGUUUGUUUCUUAAACCCUACGCGGGCUUAAAGUAAGCUGUUGCUUUAGUGAUGUUAUCAGGUGUAAAAUGUGCUCGUAGCCGCAUUUUACCACCAGUCGCUCGGUUAUCAGGUUAAAUUUUUUGCGGCAAUGUCCGGAGAGCGAGCACCUUUACCCAGCGGGGGGGACGGCCUACUCCGUGGGAGCCGCCGUACGAGGUCCUACGGCAGUUUGACUCGAUCUCCAGUCUCUCCGGUCCGCCAGAAACUAAUUGAACACACAAUUCAACCAGGAGACACACUACAAGGCCUGGCCCUGAAAUAUGGAGUGUCUAUGGAGCAAAUCAAAAGAGCAAACAGACUGUACACCAAUGACUCAAUAUUCCUCAAGAAGUCUUUGUCGAUCCCUGUGCUGUCAGACAUGGAUGAGUGCCGUAAUGGGGUGGAUUUGGCUGAGGAGGGCGGUGAUGGAGGCAGUACGAGCAGUGCUUCUGUUCAGAAUGGACACAGAGGGAGAACAUCUGAGAAAAAGCAAGAAGAUGGGAAAAAAGCGGAAUCGGACCUUACUCCAGAGGAUUUUUUGAAGAGGUUGGAUGGCUUGAUAAACCAGUCCAAGGAGGCUGCUGUCAAAGGAUGUCAGGAAGCGGAAAAAAGGGUUGCAGCCCUAGAAGCAGCUUGCACCAGCAGGACACCAGAUUGGCGGCCGCUUACAAGGUCGCAGAGUGUCUUUUCAUCUUCCAGAAUGCAGCAGCAGGCGGCACAGGGGGCAGUACCCCUCACUAUCACCAAACUCACCAAGACACUCAGAGACAGGGAAGACGAGAUCUUUGAAUUGUGACACGUUGUUUCGUCCGUCUCAUUUUAAUUUCAAAAGAAACUUUUUCCAGAAAGCCAGGCUGCAGGGUUUUCCUGCCAGGGUAACGGAGCGUUGCGGAGAAAAGAACUGAACCCUGGUCAUAUCACUGCUGCCGUGUAGAGUUAAUGUUUAAAUGUCUUGCCACACUGCCAUUUAGUAUAGUCAUUACGACAGGAUGUAGUUUGGUUAGUUUUAUAUAUAUAUAUAUAUAUAUAUAUAUAUAUAUAUAUAUAUAUAUAUAUAUUGCAAAUUUAGCCUUAUUUAUUUGUUGAAACAAACUGCAGAAUGUACUCUCUAGCUGUGUCUAGUUUGUUCUCACAUGCAGGAAAUAGGAGCACGAAAGAUUACAAAUGAUAAUUCAGUCACAUGUGGGUUUAGUCAUAUGACUGCUCAUAUGGUCAACCCAGCAAGUGGUCUGUGUGAAAUGCUGCCACACAUUUCAGGCUAGAACCUUCAGCUAUGGAAUGUAAAGUGUAUAAAACACGUUCACUGUAAAAAUACCAGCUCAAAAUGCAGGUUUUUGAUUGUUGUUGCUAAAAGCUUUAUACUCUAAUGUAGCUAAAGGUUAAAAAAAGAAGAGAUGCAUCUUUUAGAACAUAUUUUUGCAGCAGUGUUUUUUAGGGGUCUGUUUGAUUUAAUUCAAGUUUUGUCUUAGUUUCUUUUAAAAUAAAAUAUUUGAUCUCA